AUGGUAUCUGACAAUGGCACGAAUUUCGUUGGAGCUGAAAAGGUACUGCGCAACAAGUACGAGCAGUGCAUGGCUGAUGAUGCGCUUCAGUCGUUUUUUGCUGACUCCAAUAUUGAGUGGCAUUUCAACCCGCCGACCGCACCACACAUGGGUGGAUACUGGGAAACCGGUAUCAAACGUAUCAAAUACCAUUUGAAGCGUGUUUUAGGAGAUACCUUCCUUUCGUACGAAGACUUCAGUACGCUAUUAACUGAAGUGGAAGCUUGCGUUAACUCUCGCCCAUUAUGUGAAAUUUCAACAAAUGUUUCCGACCUCGAAGCCUUAACACCUGGACAUUUUAUUAUCGGCGAACCUCUGAAGUCCAUCCCAGAACCUGAGCGUCAAGG